AAUCAUUAACAGCCCUGGGCUAAGGUAGCCGUGGGGCAGCAGCUCGGAGCGUGCCCCCAGGCCCUGCGAUGGCACAGCACCGCCGGCUCCUCGCCCCGCUCAGGCUGGGGCUGGCAGCAUUACGCUGGCGCCCCCUCGGGUGGGGCAGGGGGCUCAGCACCCCCGCCGCGCCGGGGACCCGGCUCGACCUGCGGGGCAUCUUCCCCCCGCUCACCACCCCCUUCACAGCCCAGGGCGAGGUGGACCACAGCCAGCUGGAGGAGAACCUGCACCGCUUCGCCACGGUCCCCUUCCGAGGCUUUGUGGUGCAGGGCUCCAGCGGGGAGUGGCCCUACCUGACGCCCCAGGAGCGGCUGGCCGUGGUGAGCUGCGUGCGCCAAGCCGUGCCCAAGGACAAGCUUCUGCUGGCCGGGUCGGGCUGCGAAUCCACGCAGGGCACCGUUGCGAUGACCGUGGGCAUGGCCGAGGCGGGCGCUGACGCCGCCCUGGUGAUCACACCCUGCUACUACCGGGGCGCAAUGACCAGCGCGGCCCUGAUCCACCACUACAGCCAGGUGGCAGAUGCGUCGCCGAUCCCCGUGGUGCUGUACAGCGUCCCAGCCAACACCGGCCUGGAGCUGCCCCUGGAGGCCGUGCUCACCCUGUCACAGCACCCCAACAUCGUGGGCCUCAAGGACAGCGGGGGGGAUAUUACCCGGCUGGGGCUGAUUGUCCACAAGACCCGGACGGAGGCGUUCCAGGUGCUGGUGGGGUCGGCUGGCUUCCUGCUGGCUGGCUACGCCAUAGGUGCCUGCGGGGGGGUGUGUGUCCUCGCCAACGUGCUGGGAGCCCAGCUCUGCCAGCUGGAGCGCCUGUGCCAGGAGGGACGCUGGCAGGAGGCCCAGGCCUUGCAGCUCCGGCUCAUUGAGCCCAACGUAGCGGUCACCCGCAAGUUUGGGAUCCCGGCGGUCAAGCAGGCCAUGGAGUGGUUAGGGUACCACGGCGGGCCCUGCCGUGCCCCCCUGCGCCCGCUGAGCGAGGCCCAGCUGGAGGAGCUGCACAGAGACUUUAGCAUCAAUGGCUGGCUGUGAGGAGGGGAGGGGAACGGGGGUCCUCGCUCCUACCCCCUCACUGGCACCUUCCCUCUCUCUGCUUCCCCAGGAGUCCCCAAGCCCCACAUGGCGCCCAGCCUCCUCCCCAGGGCAGGAGUGCAGCCCCCGCCCAGCCCCAAACCUCGCUGCCUGACACCUAGAGCUGGCCAAGGGGGCGCAGUCCUUCCCCCCACAAGCCCCCUGCCACGGGGCAGAGCCGACCCCCAGGCCUCAGCGAUAUGGUGCAUACCCAGGUCCCUCAAGCCCCCCACCCGGAGAGGCCUGGCUGGGCUUCCUGCCAGCUCGGCCCCCUCCCAUGCCCCAGGCUGCUCUGCUCUCAGGGCCACAUUCACCCCUGGCCACCAGGGCGUCUGGCUCAGCCCCUGCUCUGGGACAGGCCCAGGGAACAGGGCCCCGCAGGGCUGUGGGGUUAGCCGGGAAGGGAAACGCCCAUUGCAGGCCAUGGUUCCCGGUGGGGUGGCGGGAUGACCCGGCGCAGGGGGUGACUCGGGAUGGACUCGGGAUGGGGGUGACUCGGGAUGGACUCGGCUUUCACUAGCUAACAUAGUGCCAGAGGCACUGCCCCAGCCCCUAACCCCCACACUGCCCGAUGCCGUCACUCUCAGGAGAACCAUCUCCAGCGUGCUGUGGGGCCAGCCAGCCCCUCGCAGCAGCAGGAGGGGAUGCCUGCUCCAUCCCUCUCCCCAACUUCCCUUGCCCAGCCCCAGUGCCCCGCAGAUCUCAGCUCUCCAGGGGUCAGAGUCUAGGAAGAGGCUGCUGCCCCAUGGCAAGGGGCAUCGCUAGCCUUGGCCCCUGGCUCCUGGCAGGAUCCCGCCAGCUGCUGGCCCCGGCUGAGCUGUGCCGGCUCAGAAGAGCAGAGUGGGGGCUGCACAGGACCCAGCCAGGACCCUGCCGACCAGGGAGAGCCCCGAGGGCGGCUGUGACCUUGGCAGUGCUGGAGCCGGGCAGCCCCGGGUGGCGUUUUAACUGCUGUAAGGUGGGAGUGGGGAGGGGCAGCGUCCCUGGUGCACCCUGAGCUGUCAAUAAACCCCUGGCAUCCGCA